UGAGUGAAAACAAAAGCCAGAACUUCUUUCUCUUUUGGCUUUAUCUUCCUCUCUGCCUCCCCAAGUGGGAGGACACCAGAAGUUAGGGGAUCUGAGCAGGUGAAUUCGGACGCUCACAUCUGAAGUAUCUCUUACCCCUUAAAAGCAUUUUGCGGGGCUGUGAAGGUUACCUGGGUCCUGCUGCACUGUCAGGGUUGUGAAGGCUGUUGGUCACUGCAGAGACACACAAUAUCUGCAAGUCACUGCAGCUGUUUUUGGGGGAAGCCUCCUUACUCCUAUGAGUGAAAUUGCUCCUUCCUCCCAAUAGAGGGGAAAAUGCCAAAGGGACAUUGUGGUGUUUUUAGCUCCCUACAUGUGUAACUCCAACCUCGGGAAUGAGCUAGCAGGCUCUUCACUAAUGCACUGAAUGGCAGUAACUGAAUCAGUUUGCCUGUUAGCUUUCCUGGGCGAGACUUUCUCUUAAACAUACAUUUUUGUAAAUCAGAAGGAAGCCCAGGUUCCUGGUGUGAGGGAGAGGAAACCUCAAUUUUAAAGCAGGCAGACUGCAGGGAGGUGCUCUCAUUCUCUAUUAAAUGGGCAGAGGUGGAGGGCAUGUGGGCUGAGAGAAGAGGAAUAAGUGGCUAAGAUGAGAUAGCUGGGAGGGGUCACUCGUUUGAGCCCAUUCCUUUCUCUUCCUGCUUUGCAACAGGAUUUAUAUGGGCAAAGUGUUUGGCUUAAUCUGCCCUGUUCUGAGGGGUGGAAAUUCUCAAGAGGGGAGAGAGUCUCAUCUGUUUAUCUUUGUCUUCCCUCACUCCUCUCUCUCCCACUCCUCCAUCACCUAUUUCCUUCUGUCCUCUCAUCCCCUCUUUUCACUUCCUCCUUCCCUUUGGGAAAGGAUUUGGUGGGAUUUUUUUUCGGAUUUAAGGCCUCAUGAACAGUCACUAAUUAGAGAGAGAUGCUUUGCAAGUACCAGUCCAAGGCUUUCUUUCUCCCCAGGGCAGGGAAUAAACCAUGUCAGAACUCCCAUUUUUAUUCCAGCAAGCGAUAGCACUAUGAGUGAAAAUGAGGAGGAGAAACCUAAUCAGGAAGAUCUUGAGCAGGAUGGGUUAUCGCGACCAGCUGAAGCCCAGAGUCCUGGCUGGGGGAAAGCCAGGCCAGAAAGGCAGCAGAGAAAGAGAUGCAUGAAAUCCGCUCAUCAAGCAAGAGGAUCUAAGAAACUAAAAGCCACCCUUAAUCAACAGAAACCCCCCAGGGAAGAGAGUCCCUACAUAUGUACAGAAUGUGGAAAAAGCUUCAAGGGGAGUUCGACCUUCUUGAACCAUCUGAAAAUCCACACAGGAGAAAAGCCCUUUGAAUGCCCUAAGUGUGGGAAAAGCUUCAGCAGAAAGGCAAACCUUGUGGUACAUGAGAGAAUCCAUACAGGAGAGAGACCCUAUAAAUGUAAAGAAUGUGAGAAAAGCUUUGGCCGGAGCUCAAAUCUAAUUGCACACCGUAAAACCCACAUGAAAAAGAAAUCCUAUGCUUGUGCGGCAUGUAGCAAAAGCUUCACUUGCAGCUCAGCCCUUGUCCAGCAUCAGAAAAGCCACACAGAAGAGAAACCUUACAAAUGUACUGAAUGCAGGAAGAGCUUCCGCCUGAGCUCAAACUUCCUUAAACAUCAGAAAGUCCAUGUGAGAGAGACAUCCAGUGAAUGUGCAACAGUAUGUCAUGAGGAACAACAAAAUGGUGGCGCAGAGCAAGUAGCUAUGGACCAGUCAAGACUUAUACUUGAAGAGUGUAAGUGUAAAAAAGGUUUCUAAAGUACCACGCAUAGCACUUUAAAUUGUAGAAAUUAAUACUCUUAUCUUCACACAGUGAGGAGAAUGAGGGACAACAUGGAUAUGCUUCUUCUGAAUCAGCAAAGUCAGCUACAGGUCCUUCAAGAGAUUCAGAAACAGCUGAAUGUCCUCCUCCCGGGCAAUGAUCUCAUUAAUUCAAAUGUGUACAGCUUGGGACUUCUGUUAGGACAGCAGGCAGCUGCUAUGGCCUCUUUGCCUUUUCCACUUCUUCUUAACCCCAGUAACCUUCUCCCAGAAAAUGCCCGGCCUUUUUCCUCUCAGGUUUCAUCCCAGUCAUCUACUUCUGAAAUUCUCGCUACCGCACAACCUCCAAUCUCUCAACUUCCUGCUACUCCGACAACUGCCUGAUCCAUCCUCCUUGUACUGUAAACAUGGCAAACAAAAUGUUUAUAUAUGUACCUGUCAUUCUGAUUUACCCUGUCUGAGGCAAAUAUGGCUUUUAUAUUGUAGAGUUACAGUUGAGAGGCCUUUCAAGUGCUAUAGCACUGACCCUGCUCUUAAUCUCUGAGGCAUCCUUUGCUGAGAUGCAGUCAGUGAACAUAGGGGAUCAAAUCAAUCACACAUUUGCUUACUGUAGUAACUGGUUUAAUACCAAGGAUGGAUUUGUCCCAGGCAGCCUCUAUUAACAGAGAUGUUCUUCAUGGAGAUGCACCUAAGUAGAGCAUCCUUAUCUGAGGUGCUCUUAGCUAAUGUGUCCCCAACUAUAUGAGGUGUAUUUAAAUGGCCCUUGUUUGAGAUGUCUUUAAAAUGCACCUUGUUGAUGCACUCUUAAUUUCAGCUUGCUACUCCUAAAGCAUCCUUGAUGCUUGUGCUCUUAAAUGAGGUGAAUUUAACUAACUGUUCUUAAACGUCUCUAAGCAAGGGGCUCAGAAUGGAGGUGUCCUUGACACACUUAACUAAGGCUUCCUUAAUUUAGGUGGGUUUAAAUAAAGUGGCCUGAACUGAUUACCACUUAACUAAGCAUCUCUACUGGCUGGCCUCUCUGAUAAACCUAUAAAUUUUGGUGCUGUUUCUUACUCCCCAAGACUUCUCCAUGAGAAAAGGCUUAUAAACUUGCAUUGGUUUUAAUAUAGCACUCUGGUUUGUGUUUUAAAAUGUUACCAUGGUUACAGUUAAUCUAUUCUUUAAAUAUCCCACAUUUUCCUCUAUGGAAAAUGUGGUGCUUGUUAGUGUUUAAGUAGGUAUUUAAAUCUCUUUGAUCUAGUUAAUUAGGGUCUAGAUGGUGGCAUUUAAUCCCAGCCCUUGAGUUGGUCUCACAAGGCAAAGAGGCACAGAUUUGCAGGGAGAGCAGCCUCAGUCCCACCUUUAAGGCUGUUUUCCAGUGCCCUUUGAAGUCAGCAGGAGUUGCCUCAGGUCCUGAGAGGCUACAGAACAGAGUCUGGUCAUACCCCUCACCACUCUGUUGCAAAGGUUAGUACCAGCAUUGACACUAGAUUGAAGCAUUCCUGAGUAUAAGGAUUCCCUUUGUGAUAAACCCCCAUAUGAAUGGCUAUGGGGAUAAAGAAGCCCUUUACCUUUAUGGGCCUGUGAACAUGCCAAGUGUGAU